AUGUCCCGCUCCUACGACCGCGCCCUCACCGUCUUCUCCCCCGACGGACACCUCUUCCAGGUCGAGUACGCCCUCGAGGCCGUCCGCCGCGGUACCGCCGCCGUCGGCGUGCGCGGCAAGGACGUUGUCGUCCUCGGUGUGGAGAAGAAGUCGGCCCUGCAGCUCCAGGAUCCUAGGACGGUGCGCAAGGUCGCCAUGCUGGACGACCACAUCUGCGUCGCGUUUGCUGGCCUCACCGCCGACGGCCGCAUCCUCAUCGACAAGGCCCGCGUCGAGUGCCAGUCGCACCGUCUCACGGUCGAGGACCCCGUGACGGUCGAGUACAUCACCAAGUUUGUCGCCGGUAUCCAGCAGCGCUACACCCAGUCGGGCGGUGUGCGCCCCUUUGGCAUCUCGACGCUGAUUGUCGGCUUUGACCCCAACGACAACAAGCCCAGGCUGUUUAUGACUGAGCCUAGUGGUAUCUACUCGGCGUGGAAGGCCUGCGCCAUCGGCCGUGCGUCCAAGACGGUCCGCGAGUUCCUGGAGAAGAACUACACCGAGGAGCUCGACCGCGCGGCGACCAUCAAGCUCGCAAUCAAGUCGCUGCUCGAGGUCGUCCAGACUGGCGCCAAGAACAUUGAGAUCUCGGUGAUGGAGAGCUAUGGCGUCGUCAAGAGCCUUGAGCAGACCGAGAUCGAAGCCAUUGUCGCCGAGAUUGAGGCUGAGAAGGAGGCCGAGGCAGAGCGCAAGCGCGCAAGGUUGGCAGCUACCCAGGCUGGACAGGCAUCCAUGUUUGCGUCCUCAUUGAGCGGCCCCGCGACUGGCGCGACUACGCCGGCCGUUGGCGAGACCGGUGGGGCCACUGUCCCCGGCGAGGAGUCUGGCGUCCAGUAGAUAAGGGUAGGCGACGCAGGCGACACAGUCUCGACAGCGAGUUCAUGACGCGGGGCUGCAGAGCAGAGUGGAAGUAGAGAGGUGGUGCCGGUGCCGUAGAAGCAGAUAAAUGACGUCGCACACGCGGCUUCAUGUCAUUGUAUACAGCCAAG